CACCAUUCCCUUCACCCCGACUCAAAUAGAGGCCAUAAAAUCUGGUAUGCAACCUGGUCUGACUUUAGUCGUUGGACCUCCUGGAACUGGAAAAACUGAUGUAGCUGUGCAAAUCAUAUCCAACAUCUACCACAACUUCCCGAAUCAGCGCACUCUCAUCGUGACUCAUUCGAAUCAGGCUCUCAAUCAGUUGUUCGAUAAAAUUGUUGCUUUAGACAUUGAUGAGCGGCACUUGUUGCGUCUUGGGCAUGGAGAAGAGGCAUUGGAAACUGAAAAAGACUUCAGCAGAUAUGGAAGAGUAAACUAUGUUUUGGCUAAGCGCCUGGAAUUGUUGAUGGAGGUAGAAAGACUUCAGCGAUCCAUCAAAGUUGAAGGAGAUGUUGCUUAUACUUGUGAGACCGCAGGAUAUUUUUAUCUGUAUCAAAUUUUGUCCAGGUGGGAACAUUUUCAGAGCAUUGUUAAGCCAAGAAGUGGAAUGGUUGUUCCUGUAGAAACUAUUGCUGCUGAAUUUCCAUUUCAUCAGUUUUUCGAAAAUGCACCUCAACCUCUUUUCAAAGGCAAAUCGUUUGAAGAAGACCUUGAAGUAUCUGAAAGUUGCUUUAGAUAUAUAGAACAUAUCUUUAAAGAAUUAGAAGAAUUUCGUGCAUUCGAACUUCUGAGAUCAGGGUUGGACAGAUCUAAAUACUUGCUUGUAAAAGAAGCAAAGAUAAUUGCCAUGACGUGUACUCAUGCUGCCCUGAAGAGAAAGGAAUUGGUGGAAAUAGGUUUUAAAUACGAUAACAUCCUUAUGGAAGAAUCCGCUCAGAUAUUGGAAAUUGAAACAUUCAUCCCUCUGUUACUUCAGAAUCCUCAAGAUGGCUUCAAUAGACUGAAACGUUGGAUCAUGAUUGGAGAUCAUCAUCAGCUACCACCUGUUAUAAAAAAUAUGGCAUUUCAGAAAUACUCCAAUAUGGAGCAAAGCUUGUUUACACGUUUGGUGAGGUUGGGCGUACCGACAGUUGACCUUGACGGACAAGGUAGAGCUAGACCAAGUAUAUGCAAUCUUUACAAAUGGAGAUACAAAAACUUAGGAAAUUUGAAACAUGUAGACAAUUGGCCAGAGUACCAGCUGGCAAACCCAGGCUUUGUUUAUGACUUUCAAUUAGUAGAUGUCCAAGACUUCAAUGGCAUAGGAGAAUCGGAACCCAGUCCAUAUUUUUAUCAGAAUCUAGCCGAAGCCGAAUAUUGCGUAGCAGUGUUUAUGUUCAUGAGAUUAAUUGGAUACCCAGCCAACAAAAUAACCAUACUCACCACCUACAACGGCCAAAAACAUUUAAUAAGGGACGUGAUUAAUACCAGAUGUGCCAAUAAUAGUCUCAUUGGAAGACCUCAUAAGGUUACUACAGUGGAUAAGUACCAGGGUCAGCAGAACGACUAUAUUUUGCUUUCAUUGGUGCGAACUAGAGCCGUUGGUCACUUGAGAGAUGUCAGACGUUUGGUGGUUGCAAUGUCUCGUGCAAGAUUAGGACUCUAUAUUUUUGCCAGAGUGUCUCUGUUCAAGAAUUGUUUUGAACUCACCCCAGCAUUUGAACAGUUGACUUCAAGACCAACAAAACUUCAUUUAGUUUUGGACGAGUUUUAUCCUCCGAGAAGAUAUAACAACCAAAGACCAAAUUCNGAUUAA